AUGUACGUACGCGAGGUCGACGGUUCAGAAGCUCAUGUUGUAUCGCAGCAUCAGCAUGGAGACUCAGCAGCAGCGCCUGAACCUCGCGAUGCGGAUUACCACGGCUUGCAGCUAAUGCUCGACCUGCCGACUGAACUGCGCUGCUACAUCCUGGAGCUCCUCAUCAUCAACAAGCACUUUGAUGCUUAUUACACACUUCUCGAACACCCAGAAAUUGGCGACUUGGUGCGCUGCAACUUCAAUACACAGCAGCUGGCAGAGUUCCUAAGAAGUAACCUUGUCGACGAGAACCCACGCGUAUCCGCGGACAGCUCUACCCAGGCCCUCGCCGUUCUCCAAGAGUACCAGACAUGCUUACUCGAUGCGGACACCCUGACUGAUCAGUUCGUUAAGAUGACAAUUGGCAACGCUGCAGCGCGGUCUAUGAUGGGGUAUAGGAUGGGGGAGCUGCCUCGCUUCGGUACCGACACCUUGUCCAAAGUCGAACAUCAUCGUAUACUUCGUGCCUUUCUUCGGUUGCAACUCUACACCGAGAUCCGGAAGCUGUAUGGGGCAAGAAAAAGCUUCAAGCGCAAACUUCGAAGCCUUUUUUUCGUUAUGGACAACUUGGGAAUUCGAUGA